GCGUCAGCUGGCUGAAUGUUUACAUCCAGCAGUGGUGUGUUUCUGACUGGAUCCCUCCAACAACAAAAGGCUGAACACAAGGAAACCCGCUAACACAGAGCAUAUCAGUCGGCGUUUUCUCCAGUCACCAUGGGUGGAGCUGUAAGUGCCGGUGAGGACAAUGAUGACUUAAUUGACAACCUGAAGGAGGCUUACUACAUCCGCUCAGACCUAGUUGAGCGGGCUUUUCGAGCCAUCGACCGGGCUGACUAUUACCUGGAUGAGCACCGGGACAAUGCUUACAAGGACUUGGCGUGGCGGCAUGGAAACAUCCACCUGUCUGCUCCAUGUAUCUACUCUGAGGUGAUGGAAGCUUUGGAUCUCCACCCCGGCCUUUCCUUCCUCAACCUCGGCAGUGGGACUGGCUACCUCAGCACCAUGGUCGGCCUCAUACUGGGACCAUUUGGAGUGAAUCAUGGAAUAGAGUUACAUGCAGAUGUGAUUGACUAUGCCUACCAGAAGCUCGACUCCUUCAUCAAAACCAGCGACAGCUUUGACAAAUUUGAAUUCUGUGAGCCAUCCUUUGUUGUGGGUAACUGCCUGGAGAUUCCCCCAGAGAGCCGUCAGUAUGACAGGGUGUACUGCGGGGCCGGGGUACAGAAGGAGCAUGAGGAUUACAUGAAGAACCUGCUCAAGAUGGGGGGCAUACUGGUGAUGCCUCUGGAGGAAAAGUUGACCAAGAUCACCCGUACAGGGCCCAACAGCUGGGAGACCAAAAAGAUCAUUUCUGUGUCCUUCGCUCCUCUGGUGCUGCCAAAACACAGCACAAAUGGCAAACCCAAGACUGCCCCACUACCCAAGUAUGAGGUACGGACGUUACAGGAGCUGGCUCGUAUCUGCAUCCGCCACACCCUCAGAGUGACCACAGAUGGAGGAGACAGCCAAUCACGCGGUCGAGGGUCCUCGUUCAGCGUAGGCAGGGGUCUUGCAGUGGCUGGGCUCCAUAAGUACGGCCCUCGCUUCAAACGCAGACGCGUCCACCGACGUCACUGCAACGCCCUCGUCCUGGCCACGCGCCAGGUGGUGGCCAGCAGUGGUAUCGGCCCUGCCCCUCUGGACAGCAACAACAACCAGGGAGGAAGAGCAGAGGAUGAGGAGGAGGCAGGAGAGAGGGAGGUGAGACGUCAGAUGAGAGGGAGCAGGAGGGCAGGGAGGGGAGCAGGAGGGGUGGUGGAAGAGGAGGAGACAGUUGAGGAAGAAGAUGAGGAGGAGGAGCAAGAGGAGGAGGAGGAGAAGGAGACUGGGGAGCUGCUCCGACCCCAGCCGGCCGUGAACGUCCUCAGAGAGAGGAUACUGGGCCUGCCGUUGCCCGAGCCUCUGAAGAUGUACCUGCUGUACUACAGAGAAAAAUGAGCCAGCUGAGGCCACAGCCAGGUCCUGAGUCAGAGCCCAGAGCUGAGAGCAUCAACCAAGCAGAGGCUCAAGUCUCUGUUCCAACUCCCCCACCACCUGUACAAGGCAGGACGACAAGCCACCUACCUUACUGACCCCCAGCUCCACCGUGGAUCUCUUUCUCUCUUCCCUGCUCUCGUCUUCUCCAUCACCCAUUUGCUUUCCCACUCCCUCUUUUUCCCCAUUGUUCUUUACCUGAUUUAUUUCCAUAAUACACGUGAUAGUACAUAAUACAUAUCUAACGUAUAUCUAACAUGCCAAUCAAGCCUUGCCUGACAAGAGUUUAGCAGUGGCCUGAGUAUCCACAGCUUGUAAAAGGCAACUCAGUGGUGCUUGUUUAGUCUACAGUGGCAGACUAGACAUUGCAAGAGUUCAGACACUGUAGCAACAAGCAGAGACAGCAGCUUACCCAUAGACCAGAAGGCAUAGGACUGUCCCAGCUCUUUCCUGUUCACUAAUUACAGCCGUGCCCCAAGUUAGAGAUUAAACACUGAUUGUAUAAGUUGUGUGGAA